CUCUCUCUCGCUCAAGUGCAACAAGAAGCUUUCUCAUUCUAUUAAACAAUGACAUCCAUCCCUGGAUCUGAUAAUCUUAUAUGGAGUGACGAGCAAACACGGUUCUUUCUUCAACUAAGACUUGAUGAGAGUCUGAAAGGAAACAUAAGAAAGCAGAUGGUUAAUGAGGCUGGAAGACAGGUGAUCAUGGAUAAGUUCUAUGAGGCAUUUGGUAUAAAAAUUCCAUGGAGAAAAUUUGGGAUAAAGUACAAUACUUGCAAGAAGCAGUACGACUCUUUUAAGAAGUUGACUCGGAACAGAACGGGACUUGGUUUUACUUCAACUGGAUCCAUCAACAUGAGUGAGGACUGGUGGAAUGAGCGAUGCAAGAAGUGGCCUGGUGCUAGAAAAUUUAAAGACAAGCCGGUAGCAAACAUGGAUUUGAUGGAGAAGGUAUUUGGGACAGUUUAUAUUAGUGGAGGUGAAGGUUGGUCUGCUCAGCAAGGUGAAGAUGUUUUAGACACAAAGUACACAGAUCAUGAUGAUGAAGAUGAUGCUGAAUCAAGGUGUGAUGUCCCUACUCAAGAAGCUGUUGGAAAUGAAUCAAGGCGUGGUGUCCCUACUCAAGAAACUGAUGUCGCAUCUGAAUCAAGGAAUGUUGGCCCCUCUUCUUCUAGGUCAAAGGUUAAUAAAAAAAUAUCAAGGGCUGUACAAGCAGGACAAGCUGUGGCUGAUGUGAUUAGGGAGAGUGUUGAGUCUCGAGACAAGAUUCUUUCCUACAAGAAUCAUCUAAUAGAGAAUCAUCCCGAGUUUAGUUGUAGUCAACUUCGAGCCAUGGAGGUUCUUCACUCCUUGUCUGCUGUAAGGAUGUGGUCUCCUCUCUACAAAGCUUCAAUUAACCACCUCAAAGAAGAUGCUGCGAAUCGUCAGACUUUCUUGUUUUAUGGAGAUGAUGAGAACAGGGUUCUUUAUUUGGAGUUUGCAACUGGUGAAAGCAGAGAUCAUUGAGGAGUUGUUUAUGUUUUAUGUCUCUGUCUUAGUUUAGUAUGAACUCUAGAAUGAAUCAUGUUUUAGUGACUGUUUAUGACAAUAUUUUUAUGAGUUUCACCCUA